UCCAAUUUCCGUAAUUUGGAAAACAAUAAAGGUGUAUUGAAAUAUUGUUUAUAUUUGUAAUAGUUAAAUAUUUUUUUACAUAAUUCAACUUUUUACAUUUGGAAUAAAGGAUUUACUUUGUCGAUUUAAUGGACGUUCAUGCAGAAAGUGGAUUUGAUUGUGUUUACUUUGGAUAUAUGAAACAUGGCCGGAAAUUGACUUAAUUACCUGUGAAAAUAGCGAAAUAUCGUUGAACAAGUGGUGAAAUUGUACUCAAACGUGUCUAUUUUUUUUAAAAGUUAUAGUUAGUUUAAUUUAAACAGAAGUACAACCACCAUCGAUAUGAUGUUCAACAGUCAACACUGACCCGUAAUAAACAUUAUGUAAGUGUCAUGGUAUUUCGGACUUUUCCAUUUCGGACAAAGUGAGAAGAGACACUUGCAAUGAAAGAGAUAUUCCGAGACCUUAAACGAACCCCAGACUGGCUGGACCAUGUCUGGGCAGUUUCCACCAUUUUGUUGGUAAUGGUUUCACAAGCUGACUUCCAAAGUACAGAUCAGACAUUAUACCCUCCCACCAGGUUCUAUGAGACCCCAGAUGGGGGCAUGCUGGGAACCCUUUGGGGUGUGAAGACCCUCACUUGUCGAUCCAGCAGUAACCCAGCUGCAGAAAUCCGAUGGCUCAAAAAUGAUCAGUAUUUUACAAAUGCCAGUAAAUCCUUGUACCAGCUAAGAUUAAAAAACAUAACAAGAUUGGAUGAAGGGGAAUAUCGAUGUGAAGCUAGUAAUUCUCUGGGGGCCCUUCUCAGUUCAUCAGCGAGUGUGGAAUUGGCUUACUUUGGAAAGUUUUCGGAUGGAAACCAGACAUUUUCCAUCAGCGUGCCAUCCGGUGACCCAGUAAUUAUCCCAAUGCCGUAUAUCGAAAGCAACCCUCCAAUGCCCUCAAUCACAUGGUUCAAAAACGGGGAGCUCAUGAACACGGACAGCGAGCGGCACCAAAUCACGCUGAAUGGAUCGCUUAUUCUGUUAGAUUGUGGAACACAGGACAGUAACUCCCUGUAUCACGUGAAAGCUCUGAAUGGAAUGAACAGUGUGGAGGAAUCAGGACCUUCAUACAGGGUAACAGUUACAGAAUCUGGUAUAACUACAUUAUCUGUUGCGCUGGUGUUUGGUCCAGAAAACAAGACAGCCAUCCAGGAUAAAGAUACCAGUGUCUCGUUUGAAUGUGUUUUCAAUGCAAGACCAGCAUCAGAUCUUGUCAUUAACUGGUACAGAAUUACCAAUGAGAGCAAGCAGGCAGUGAUAGGCGGUAACGACUAUUUGUUCACGCAGAUAACCCGUCGCAUCCUGACAAUAUCCAGCCCGCGACUCGAACACAGUGGACAGUAUCAGUGUGAAGCUAAGAAAUCCAGUGAUACAAUUCCAGUGGUUGCUAGUGCCUUUCUCACUGUGUAUGAGAGCCCAACAUUUGGCAACACCCUUUUCCCUCAGGAAAUCAACCGAGACUUUGGCCAGACCGUGACCAUGCACUGUACCGCCCAGGGGGUCCCUACACCCGAGAAAGUCUGGUACUUUAACGCUCUACAGCUCGGCAAGGACUUUAAUUCAAGUAGUUUCACACUGCACCCUAACGGCUCCCUGACGGUGGAGAAGCUGGACAUGGAUCAUGCUGGCGUGUAUCAAUGCUUCCUGCGUAACAUUGCUGGGGAAACCUCCAAGGCCACGUGGCUCAAGGUGAACUCGUCACCCCCAGAGAUGAUUAUCCCGCCCCAGAACCUGACCAUUAUUGAAAGGAGUGAGGCGCUGCUUAUGUGUAGUACAAGAGGCGCUCCAAAACCUUCAGUUACGUGGACGAAGACCACAAGUUUGGGAGUGUCAGAAUCAGCACAGGGUCUGAUCCUGGAUAACGGGAACCUCCUGAUUGGUUCGGCUGCCUCUUCACACUCCGGAAUGUACACAUGUAAUGCAACCAACAGUAUGGGCUCCAUCACAGCUUCUGCACACCUUAAAGUUUAUGUGAAAACUACAAUAGACCGUCCUCCUCAGAGUGGGCAGUUCAUCAAGUCAUCAACAGCAGACUUUCUGUGUGGUGUUUCAAAGGACCCUAGCAUAGAGGUCACAUGGCAGUGGGUGUUCCAAGGUAGAUUUGGUGCCUCUGACCAGAUCAUAACCUCAGAUUCACGCCGGAACAUAGAUCCAGAGGGAAAACUGACCAUCAGUGGUGUGAGGCCAGAUGAUAUUGGGUCAUACACUUGUAAUGUGUUCUCAGCAGGAGGCAAUGAUUCAAAAACUGUGUCCCUUGAGGUGAUUGAGCUUCCUUACUCGCCUGUGAUCACAAUGGUGACCCUUGACUCACGAGAUGUGCGGGCGGUGGUGGUGACCUUCACCCCUGACUAUGACGGGAACACGCCUAUUACCAAGUUCAGCAUCCAGUACAAGGAAGUGAGGGACCCUCCAGAUGCAGGCGACAAUACAGACACUUGGAUAACAUCGAUCACAACAAUUUCUUGGGAGGUCCGCCAGGCGACAGUUAGUGGUCUGCAGCCAGCCAGGAAGUACCAGUUCCGUGUGUUUGCAUCUAACAAGGUGGGGGAGGGGCCUCCCAGCCAGCCUGCACCUGAACCACCCAUUGAAAUGCCUCAACAACCCCCAAGUGAGGCACCGAUAGGCUUCUAUGGUAGAUCCACUAGCAACGAGUCAAUCACACUCUUCUGGCAACCUCCAAACGUAGACUCCCUUAACGGCAUACUCCUGGGGUAUGCGAUCCGCUACAAGCCGACGGGGUACUUGUGGGAAACUUCGUCACAGAAGAGGAAUGUGACUCAAUUGCCAACAGGAAAUCCCUAUUAUGAGCUGACAAAUCUCGCAUACUUCACGCCAUAUGAUAUACAGAUUGCAGCCUACAAUAUCAAGGGGAUUGGUGUUUAUAGUGGCACCAUUACUUAUGAGACCCUGGAAGGGCACCCUACAGCCCCACCCCAGAACCUACAGGCUGUUGCCCAGAAUUCCACAGCCAUUCAUGUCACAUGGACCCCGCCCAAUUCACAGAACCUCAACGGGCGUAACCUUGGUUACAAGGUUGUCUACAAGGUCAAGGACUCUGCUGAUCUGCCAAUGACCUUGACUGUGCCACAUAAUGUCUCCAAUCCUAUAGGCACGCAGAUGGUCUAUUUAACCAAUCUGCACAAGUUCACAGAGUAUGUGAUCAGUGUGUUGUGUUUCACCGGGGGAGGGGACGGUCCUGUCACAGUCCCUCGUACUACAAGAACGGAGGAAGAUGUGCCGUCCCAGGUGGGCAGUUUGACAGUGUCGGACAUCGCUGAUAACUCUAUGACCAUCCACUGGACACAGCCCACUGAGGUCAAUGGUUUGCUUCAAGGCUACACACUGAUGUAUGAGAAAAAAGACAACACAAUAUCAAGGAUGACCAUACAGUUGGACUCCUCAGACACAUUGUAUCGGAUCACCAACCUUACUGCUGAGACAAUGUAUACAAUAUACCUGUAUGCCUCUACAAGGAAGGGACCAGGGCCUACACGAUCUGCAGAUGUCAAGUCCGGAGUUGAACCAGAGAAGCCUUGGGCCCCAAGUGGUCUGGGUGUGUCUAACAUUGAGGCGCGGUCAGUACUGCUGCAGUUCUGGCUAGGGUUUGAUGGUCGCACCUCCAUCACACUGUGGAUUGUAGAGGCACAGGAGGGUCCCGACACUGACCAGUACAAGGUCAUUGCUGAGAUCCAUGACCCAAAUGCCCCAUCCUUGAAAGUAACCAACCUGAAACCAUACACAUACUACCGGCUGCGUAUGGUAGCAGAGAAUAUUGCUGGUCGUAGUCCCCCAAGUGAGCCCACGCGUCUGUUCCAGACCCUGCAAGCUGAGCCCGGUGUUUCCCCUGGCAACCUCACUGUCCGUGCCCUUAAUGCAACAGCCCUGCGAGUCAGCUGGACACCCCUUAAGAACAGUGACUGGAAUGGGGAAGGAAAGGGAUACAAGAUAUUUUACCGUCGCAAGGCUUCCUUGACAGACGACUGGCUUGUAAUGACCCUGGACAUGAGCGUGAACAUGAACAGCGCAAUCCUCGUGAAUCUUGAAGAGUGGGUGGAGUAUGAGGUCAAGAUACUGGCUUAUAACGACAUCGGUGAGAGUAUAUUCAGCCGUGUCGUCGUGGAAAGGACUAGAGAAUCAGUACCUGGCAGUGGCCCCCAGCUAGUAAAUGCGACUGCUGCAUCCGCCACCAGUAUCAACGUGACUUGGGGAGAGGUGCCUACCCUCCAACAGAAUGGAAUGAUCCUUGGAUACAAGGUGAACUACCGGUCCUCAGAGGCAAAUAUCGUAGCCUCGUACCUAGACGUCCCAGGUAAUACAACCAACAGCACCACAGUUGACAAUCUCCGUAAGUUUGUGAACUACACAAUCAGUGUGCUUGCCUACACAAGAAUGGGAGAUGGAUUACUCAGCCGGCCAGAGGUGGUCGUACGCACACUGCCAGAUGUUCCCGGUCCUCCUCGUGUGAUCUGGUUCCCAUACGUGUCAUAUACAAACGCAACCAUUGAGUGGGAGGAGCCCUCUGAGCCAAACGGCAUUAUACAGAAUUACAAGGUGUUGUGGCGAGUAGCUGGAAGUGAUGAUCCAUUUGAGAACAGGACAGUGGGAGCUGGGGAGCGUAAACAGACCAUGGUGAACCUCCAGACACAGGCGUAUUACGAGUUCCAGGUGACGGGGCGUACACAGAAGGGCUGGGGAGAAACCGCCACGGUUGAGGUGUUCACCAUGAGCGAUAGGAACCCGCCGCAUCGACCUAGUAAGCCAGAGAUCCAAGAGUCAUCUAUCCAGGCUCGGUCAGUAACUAUUAGCUGGAAACCGGCCAACUUUAACGGUUAUGGACCCAUCCGUAACUUCACCGUGCAGUACCAAAGCCAGCCCAAUGGUUUGUGGACCAGUGUCGAGGGAACUAUACUUCAUACAAUGACCACAUACACAGUGAAAAUGUUAAAGCCAAACACACGCUACGUGUUCCAAGUUGCCGCCACCAAUGACGAGGGCCGGAGUGCAUUCAGUGACGAGUCUAGUGAGGCUCUAACACUGGAGGAUGUACCAGAAGGAGCACCACGGUAUGUGAAGGUUGAGAGACUGACUACCACGUCUGUCAAAGUAUCUUGGGAGCAACCCCUCCCGUCCACAUGGAAUGGCCAGUUAGAGGGCUACUUUCUUUUAUACCGGCAAGUAGAGAACACCAACUACCAGGAGCUAGAGAUAGAUGACCUUAACACAAUAGAGGUCACAUUGUCUGACCUACAGAAGUUUGUAAAUUAUGAAUUCCUGUUGAAGGCAUUUAAUAAGGUCGGACGGGGCCCGCCGAGCACUCCUGUGGUCGUGUUUGUGGGAGAGGCUGCCCCCUCUGCGGCCCCUGUCAGUGUGACUGCAGUGGCAAUAAACCCUACAGAGAUUGAGGUCUCCUGGCAACCACCCCCUCUCAACACACAGAAUGGAGAACUGUCUGGGUAUCAGAUUGCCUACUGGCUCAACUCCUCCAGCUCUGACACAGCAAAGAGGCAGGCAGUUCAGGCUUCAGAGGACUCACUGGUGAUAAAGGACCUGGCAAUGUACUCAGACUACGGGAUCACAGUGCGGGCACUUAACCUGGCCGGGGAGGGGCCACAUAGUCCACCUGUACACACAAAAACUAGCGAGGGAUUACCAGGAAAACCGGGUAGUCUUUCAUUCUGGAAUAUAACAUUUACCUCCCUGGAUGUCGUCUGGGAGCCGCCGGUGAAACCCAAUGGCAAGAUUGCCAACUAUGAGCUUGCUUACACUGAGAUGAAUGCUGUCGGUCGUCAGGUUAGGUUUAAUGUGUCAGGCACACUGACGUCACUCACGAUAAAGGAUUUACUUGAGGAAGUAGAGUACCAUUUCACCAUCGUCGCCCGCACCAGCGUUGGGUCAGGAGAGGGGAUUGACAAGAAAGUAGUCCUUACCUCACCACAAGGAGCACCAGCCAAGCCAACGGACCUGACAUACCAGAUCAACAACAACGAUCUCAUCCUCAGCUGGCUCGAUCCAGCUAAAGGCGACUUUGAUAUCUAUGGACACACCAUACUGGCCAACUCCUCAGAAACCUCAGAGUGGACAAUAGUUAGUCAGCUACUGGGGAAUGUCACUAGAGCUACCAUCAACCUACUUCAGUUUAACCCCGACCGCCAAUAUCAAGUCAGAGUUGUGGCCCUUAACAAGCGAGGGAGGAGCCCCUACAGUGACCCCUCUGAAAUAUUCAACACUCCCGCUGCCCCUAAAGCUGUGUCUUCUGCCAAGGCGUUCCACUACCAGCCCUGGUUCCCAGUGAUUGUGGCGCUGGCGGGCGGCAUCGUUAUCCUCGUCGUCAUCUCUUUGCUCUGUCUUAUCUCUCACAGGAACAAGUCACGCAAGGCCCAGCAGCGUAAGCCGGGCCAUAUGACGUCCACAUCCAACUUGGCUCCCUCUACGGAGCCUGAGGAAGGUGGAUUCAGCGGUCUCGAGAUGACGAGGCAGUCAACACAUUCCCGCAGACAGAAGUUUGCUGGCAUCAGACCAAAUGGCUCUGUUAAUAACAUUUAUUCAAGAUCCCCGCCACGACCAAGUCCUGCUAGUGUUGCCUACAACAGCAACAGUGAUGAUGAUACAGCAUCAGCAGCAAAACCCCCGCUGCCAGAUGAUGAUGAUGAUGACGACAGCAGUGUCACUGAAAAACCUUCAGUGGCAGACUCUGAUUCAGAGGCAAGUGAUGAGGCUAGUGAUGAUGACAGCCUGUCAUUCCCACCUCCCCCAUCCUCAUCUCCCCCACCCCCUCCGUUCUCCGCGGUGGGGGCCACAGGCUACGCUCCCCCCACAUCAAUCACCCGUAACAUCUAUGGGGCGGCACCAGUAACACCAGCUCCAAUUAGUUCGAACUGGCAGAGUCCAAAUCCAAGUGCCAAUGCCAAUUCAUCGUUUAACGCAUAUCAGUAUACAGACAGUGAGGCUGAGAGUAGCCACUAUGCAUUCAGUCUGAAUGGCGGACAGAUUAUCAUGAACAACACUGCAGGGUCACGGGCCCCUAUGCCAGGUUUCUCAUCAUUUGUGUGAUGAUAGCUGAAGUGUUUCAGUGAUACAAGUUGUGAAUAAUUAUGGUUUUAAAUUUGAAAGUAUAAGUGUUCUCAUAUAAGGAAUGAUGGUGUUAAAGGUUUUGAAUUAAGAAGAUUAUGCUGUUGCUAGAAUAGAGAUGUUUUGCAUUUGGAGCUAAAAAAAUUGCUCCUACGUAAUUUUAUCCAACACAGUAGAAUUCCAUUUAAGGUUUUUUAAUAUUUUUAAAACCAAAAGCUGUGGUUGUAACACCUACAUGUGUAUUUUGAAUUACAAGACAGUGACUUGCAUGUUCAAGAUGCUUGUGUCAAGAAAGCUAAGCAUUUCUGAAGUCAGAGUUGGAUCAUGUUCAUAGUGAUGUGUUAAGGACAGUGCAAAACAGAAAUGUGUUCUCUGAUGUAAUCUGGAUUUUGUGAUUUCGUGAGAAUAAAAAAUAUUAGUUGUUUGUAACAGUGUGAAGAGUGUUGCUGAAACUGUAGAAGUGUUAAGUGUGUCUCUCCAUUGGAGAUGAAUAGAACUCUGGAAGUUGUAAAACAACAUGGAGAAAUAUAAUAUGAUGCCUUAGAACAAUGACUGUGAAAUCAUUUCUUUUUAUGGGGAUUAAUGUUUUGCAUAAUUCUCAUGCCAAUGAAAGUGCAACAGAAUAAUCAUGGUGUGAAGUGAGGAAAACUCUUCCCUAUAAGAAAUACUACAUGUUCCACUUAAUUGAAAUAUGUGAAACAAAUUAAUAAUUGAUUUUCCAUAAAAAUUAAACCCCAUGAAAAUCAAUGUUCUCACAGAUCUGAGCUAUGUUAUGCAACUUCUACUAAAUCUACCUAUUUCGAUUCAGAUAGCCAACCACAUUUUCAUUCCAAACCAACCAUAUUUUCCUUCCAAUCAUUAAAGUAUGUAAGGUCAUUUCAUAUUUUCAACCAUUCUAAAGUUCAUAUAGAAAUAUUCAGUCUAGUGCAAACAAGGAAAAAAUUCAACUGCACAUUAAAGGGACUCGCAAGUUUGAUAGGAUCUGACAUAGAAAUGGUUUGUCAACAAACUGGUUGUAACAAUACGGUACUAAGUGAUCAUCAAGACUUCAUAUAAAAAUGUCUUACGGUGUCUGACCCACAAAUAAACUUGUUCUGCUAUAGCUCCAUUAACCUUAAUGUUAUUUUUGUUGUUGCCUGCUGUUCCCAUACAAAUUUGGAAGGUAUUUGCUUCUUGAUAUCUACCGGUAGUAUAUUAAAUGAAUGAUCCGAAGUAUGACUGUAUAUAAUACAUGAAGUUUUUCUCUUUGAAAGCCAACAAAUUUUUACUGUUAUAAUAUCUUCGGUAUUUGUUUAGAUUUUUUUGUUUCUUCUCAUUUUUUUUUUUCAAAUGAUACCAAAAAAUACAGGAUAACAAGUAUCCAAUAUUCACAUGUUUGUGGGUUGGAUUUUUUAAUUUCAUAUAAAAAGAUGUUAGCUCACUAAUGUUUUGAAUGGUGACUUUGAUUAACAGCGUUAGAAAGGCUCUUAAAAAUGAGUUAGGCAUUGAAUCUUCAAGCUUUAUAAAGAGUUUAGGCUGUGAAUCAUCCAGCUUUAGUUUCAAAUAGAACUACCGUAUGAAAUAAUUAUGUUAAUUUGAAAAAAUGUGACAGUUGCAUGAAAUCUGCGAGGGUGUCCCAUUUAAUGCAGUUGUUUUUUCUGCAUAAAAAAUCAUGUCACCAAUGCAUGGUCAUCGUCAUCAAGAGUCUUGUGGAAGAUCAUUCUAAAACAUCAAGAAAAAAAGAUUGAUUGUGUUGGGUAAAACCUUAUCAUUCUGUGUAAAAUAAAGUCAGGGAUUACUUUUUCAAUGUUUUUAAAAUGAAAAAGUCGAUGAAUAUUGCGAGACGAAAGAAAAUGUCACUAUUUCUUAUACUGGACUCUUUAGUCGACAAUGUCACCACAACGUGUUAAUUUCCAGCCCUCAUAUAUUUUUUUUAAUGUAGAAGUGCAAAUUGUUCACGUCAUUGACCAUGUAUAUUUAAAAUGUUUAGACAUUUUUUUCGUAGUAUGGUAUGCAUAAUAAAUUGGACACCUGUCAUCAUUGAAGACCAAAGUAUGAUAGCAUGUUAAUUUCGGUAUGAAUAAAUGCAUGUUAGAUGGCAUUUAUUACACUGAACAGUACAUAUACUGAACUCUCCUUCUUUAAUUUUAACAGGGGAUUUUCAUUUUAAGAUAAGUUACAUUUCGAUCAUGAUAAAACUAGAUGAUAUAAUCUUCAACUAUUUGAGUAUUUAUUUAAACCGAUAUAACAUUCACAAAUUUAUGGAGACUUUCACAGAUUUAUAAUGUUUUGCAUUUAGUGCAAACCUAUAUAUAAUAUACCUACCGUAUUUAUUGCAAGUUCAUAUAAAAUGCCAGGAGCCAUAUUCAUAGAGAAUCUUAGUGAAAAUUUUCAACUUAGUGAAAAAAUAAUGUUGUUUUUAGUAGAAUUUAAAGAUCAUUUGAAAUAUGUUUACACCAAAUGAAUAAAAAUAAGCAAGAAAAAGGUACAUUUAUGAAAAAAAUUGAUUGAAAAUAAGGGGUAUUUCAAAUAUUUGUUGCUACAGUAUCGAAAAUAUUUGCUUCGUUGAAAAUUGUCACUAAAAAGCUUUUAGAAUACCCGGUAGGUGCUGGAAUAGAAUAAAAAUGAUCUUGUUUCUUGGGAGUCACAUUAAGCACUUUUCAAGUGUGGUUUAUUUAUAUUUCCUGUAGUUUACUUAAGUUCAUGUGGGGACGAGAAAUCAUUUGGUAUUAGAUUUGUAAUAUAAUAUAGGCAUUUUCCACUGUAAAAUUGUGCACAGACAUUAUGCUAGUUAUUAGAUGUUGUGGUAGCAUUCACUCGUUGACCUUAUACAGCUAGACAAUUAGACAUUCCUAUAUUGUUAUCUUUUUCCAUUUUUCAUUCCAAGUUCAUUUCAAGUUCAGUUCAAAAUCAUUCUAUGACUCUAAUAAUAUUCUUGCCUUAUUCAUUCUCAAGUCAUUUCAAGUCAUUACUAUUUCAUUACUAUUUUCAACACCAACCUCCAUUAUUAUUUUUUAUGUCAUUCAAUUCUUUGGAUAUCGUUCAAAGAAUUGUUUUUCUUUGUUCAGUAAUAUAGAAGUGCACAUGUAUAUGUUGAUCUAGGAUUACGAAUACCGUAUUUAUCCUUGUAGACAUGCAUACACUAAUAAACAAAGGAGGGGUC